ACGGCUGGCAAGACUGUACGGGUGUCCUUGUCCAGUGUCCAUGAGCCGGUGUGUGGGAAGUCUUGCAUGUUGUCUCCUUUUUAAGCCACAAUUUAAGGGUUUUAAGGGCACGGAGGCAUGGCGGCGAGGAAAGGUCUGCCAUGGACGGUGAGCGCGGGGGGCCUACGGGUGCUGCGGGGGACGGUGGGGGCCUUGGUAGGGGGCACCUUCCUGGUCCACUACCUGCCGCACACCUGGCUCAUCGACAAGACCCAGCAGUUCACACAAGCUUACAGGAAAGGCCAAGCUAUCCCCGUGCCUAAGACCGUCACCGAGCUCGUGGAGGAGGUGAUGGGGGAGAUGGGGAUGGGGGAGGAGGCGAGGGGGCGCGUCCGAGUCUACACCAGCUUUGGCUACGAUUUCUACCAUGCGGGGUCCUCAGGCUCUACCCACGGUGCCAUACUAGGGGUGCCAAAGAGUGCCAGAUGGGAGAGCCUGGCUGACUUUGAUCCGACGGGUGUUGUGGUCAACAAUGAACCCGUGGCCUGGAGCACAGCGGGGGGGCAGCGCCUCAUGCACUCCCUCGUUCUCUCAAAAAACGCCAAGAAAUUCGCCAUCGCCCGCGAGCUCCACGGCAUCGAGACCGACCCCAUACUGACCCGGGCGUUUAUACCCUCCCUGGGGCUGACCACCUCCUACACCCUCGCCCUGGGAAUCAAUAGACGCCUUAAUCUCUACGCACGGCCACGGUCGCUGCGGGUUGUGCUAUACGGGUUAACGAGUCUCAUCGGUUAUGUCGUUUUUAUCCUCGGAACGGAUAUGAUGACAGUGAGCAGUGAGGCGAAGGGGGACGGGGCGGCGGCAGCGAUGGGGAAGGGCUACGCGGAAGGGGGCGUCGAGUUCUACCAGAAGGUCCUUGGGCGGAAUGUGGCGCUGAGGGAGCUGAUGGGAAGUGACGGGGAGAAGCUCUUCACGGCGAUGGGCAAUGAUGAGUUACUGGUCAGGACCCGUCACCUCCCCUACACCAUGCGACUGGACUCCAUGAAGAAGCACCUGAAGAAAUAUGAGAAGGAGGAGGAGGAAGGGAAGGAAGGGGAGGGGAAGGGAAGUGAUGGGAAGGAAGAGCUGAAAGAUGGGGAGGGGAAGGAGAAGGAUGGGGAGAAAAAAGAGGAGAAGGGGAAGGAAGUAGAAGCUGCAAAAGAUGAUGAUGGGAAGGAAGGGGAAGUGAAGGGGAGUUGAUGGGAAAAGAAGAGGUGAUGGGAAGAUAUUAUGUGUAGGGUAGGGGAGUAAUACGAUGAUGGGAAGAACAGAGGAAGUGAUGGGAAGGGGAAAUGAAGGGGAGCUGAUGGGAAAAAAAGGGGAAAUGGGUAGAAUAAAGGUGAUGGGAAGAUUAUGGGCAGGGGAGGGGAGUAAUACAAUGAUGGGAAGAACAGAGGAAGUGAUGGGAAGGGGAAGAAGAUGGGGUGGAGGAGUUGAAAGAAAGUGAUGGGAAGUGAAGGGAAGGGAAGGGAGGUAAAAGAAGGGGAAGAAGGGACAUGAUGAUAUUGAUGGGAGGAAGAAAGGAAGGGGAGGUGAUGGGAAUGAAGGAAGGAAGGGGAGUUAGUGAUGGGAAUGGGGGUAAGGUGUGUAUGUAUGUAUGUAUGUGUGUGUAUGUAUAUAUGUAUGUAUGUAUAUUUCUAUUGUAUUAUAUAAUUAAGAAAUAAAAAAAAGAAAAUUAUAUA